AGCGAUUCAAACUCUUGACAUAUUGUCCACUCAGAACCGAGAUUAUCGAAUCAGAGACACAGCUAUUGUAUUCAUAGAAAGUUUCAAUUGUGUGCAAUAGUUCCGUAGAAAAUUUGACCGAAAAAGAAAUGUCGCAGGUGUAUGAAUUCAGUGUCGAAAUGACAUGCAGUGGAUGUUCGGGAGCUGUGGAAAAAGUCUUGGGCAAAUUGGGCGAUAAGGUAGAAAAUGUUCGCAUCGAUUUGGAAAAUAAGAAAGUAUUUGUGACGUCAGCUGAGUUGAGCGCCGAUCAACUGUUGGAAUCCAUUAAGAAAACUGGCAAAAACACUAGCUACAUUGGACUGGCCAAUUAAUUUAACCUGAUUAAUUGUGCGAAAUAUUAUUUGUGAUUUAAUGAAUUUUUUUUAUGUAUCAAAUUAAAUAUAAUUGCAGUCGAGAAAUGAAUAGGACGAUUUUAACUUCAA